AUGACGCUCUGGAAGGUGCACCGAUUGCAAGCGCCUCUUCCAGGAGGCAACAGACUGCCCAAAAACGAAAUGCACAGGUUCGUGCUGCGCAGCAACUUGCUAUGGUUCUCCAUCGUAUUUGUCGCAAACACCACCUGCUUCGUGGUGCAGCUAGCAGUGAAUGAUCCCGUCUUGUCGCACUUGCCCACCCCUAUCGGCAUCGUGGGAACUGCAAUCGUAGCCGCUAGAAUCGUCUUUGAUCCCAGCAGGCUCAAACCUCCUCAAGCCGUUCCCAACAUUUUCGCAGACGAUUACCUGAGCAGCAUGGAAGCUUCAUCCAAACAAGCUUGCGCUUCCGCUUCCGCUUCUCCCUUUGCUACCGCUCCUGCUCGUCCACAUGCUAGACCUAGCAAUACCCUUCCAACCAGUUUCAGCAGAUCCAUCGAGGAGGAGCAAGAACGCAAAGAAGCUGCUGCUGCGAUCAAUUGGAGCAGGAGUCGCUCGCCCACGCAGUACGUAGAGACUUUGCGAGGCGCGGAUCGGUGGUGCGAAGACAACGGGCAACAUCAUCGUUUGGGUCAGAUGCAUGCGGACAGUAUCUCGAUCGAGCGCCGGCAAGGAAGCACGCCGGCUUUCGAGAUCACACCUUCCACCAGGCUGCCUUCUCUGCCACCAAGUCUCUACAAGGCAGACUUUUGA